UAUUGUUUGCUGAGAAACUGAAUUGGUUUUCUUUUCCCAUUAUUUUAAUGGAGAAAGUUAUAAACUUUGUUCUGUUCUAUGGCAUUUUGUGAGAAUUCUUAAAGACCUAUUUCUUGAUAUUUCAAAUAUUAUGUUUAAAAUCACUUUAUAGAAGGAGCUUUCGGUUGGAGAGCGAUUUGAAACAAACACUUGCAUUGAUUGAGAGUAAAAAAUUUGUUGGUGUCGCUUAAAAUCUUAAGGGAUUUUCUUUGUUUCUCUCUUCAGAUAACGUACGCUUGAUUACAAUUAUUCAUUGUGAGACAGUUCUGCUUUCUGAAUUGUAGUUAUUUCUACUAUUAGUUUUUAUUAUUUUUGUUACUUUGAAGACAAGGAUCAUUAUUUUACGUUGGUUUGUUGGAAACAAUAUACUCAUGAUUCCAUUACCAUGGAAACCGUCCUCUCAUUUAAAAAUUUAGCUCUCCAACCCUUCAAAGACCUCGUGGAUGCUGGUGCUCUCCAACCCUUCAAAGACCUCGUGGAUGCUGGAUCAUUUUUGCGCCUCUGUGGCUAUUUCAUGCGGUGGUUGCACGUUACCGGUUUUCCUUACCUGCUCCAUCAAUGCCCAAUGAUCGCCAUUGGGCACCAUCUCAUGCUGUAGUGGCAACUCCAUUGCUUGUUGCUUUUGAACUUCUCCUUUGCAUACGUCUUGAGAGAAAUUAUGUUGUCGACUUGAAGAUUGUUUUCCUGCCAUUGCUGAUCUUUGAAAUAGCAAUCUUGAUUGAUAAUAUAAGGAUGUGUAGAGCUUUAAUGCCUGGAGAUGAAGAAAGCAUGAGUGAUGAAGCAAUAUGGGAGACUCUUCCUCACUUCUGGGUUGCAAUAUCUAUGGUCUUCUUCAUUGCUGCAACAAUAUUCACUCUACUGAAGCUAUGUGGUGACGUGGUAGCUCUUGGAUGGUGGGACUUGUUUAUAAAUUACGGAAUUGCAGAGUGCUUUGCCUUUCUAGUUUGUACGAAAUGGUAUAAUCCUGCAAUUCAUAGGGAUUCACAUAUUGGAGGGUCUGGUUCUUCAAUGACUAUCACAUAUAUUGACUGGAACAGAGGCUUGGUAGUUUCUUCAGAUGAAGACCAAAAUCAGAAUAGCAGAAUGUGCAACCUGCAGGACAUUGGUGGACAUUUUAUGAAAAUUCCUUUUAUUGGUUUCCAGAUCAUGCUUUUUAUGCACUUAGAGGGUACGCCACCUGGUGCUAAAAAUAUCCCAUUUGCAGUUCUCUUUGCUCCACUUCUCACGGUGCAAGGAGCUGGGACUUUGUUUGCUGCAUAUAGAUUGUUGGAGAAAAUUGUUAUCUUACUACACGGUGGAGCUGGUUCCAGCACAUACUUAGCCAUUGUGUCAAAAGCUCGUGAUUUUCUUGGAUUUUUGCACCAUGGAACAAAGUUCCUGGGUUGGUGGUCGAUUGAUGAAGGAAGUAGAGAGGAGCAAGCUAGACUAUAUUAUGGUGGAAGUUCAGGGUACAACACAUUCUCACCGGACACUGUGAAGAGGAUGCCCAAAUCUGAACUUGUUGAGGAGAUUUGGAGACUGCAAGCUGCUUUAGGCGAGCAAACAGAAAUCUCAAAAAUUAGCCAGCAGGAGUGUGAAAGACUUCAAAAUGAAAAAAUACUCUGCAGAGUUUGCUUUGAGGAACAAAUUAACGUAGUCCUGCUUCCAUGCAGGCACCAUGUCCUUUGCAGUACUUGCUGUGAGAAGUGUAAAAAGUGCCCGAUCUGCCGUGUGGCGAUUGAAGAAAGAUUAGCUGUAUAUGAUGUGUAGCUCCACUAUAUUCCACAAGAUGGCGCCUGAAAGCUUCCUUGCUGCUCCGGGUUUUAGAUGAAGCAUGCAAAGAGAAGGUGGCAAUUGGGGGGGAAGGGUUGGUAGCACAUUGCUGCCACUUUCAGUUGUGCAAAAAUUUCAGUUGUGAAGUUGUCAUUAAUGCUGAGGUUCAAUCGUCAUGUGCAAAAUUCCUGUAGGAUAUUGACGUUUCAACAACAGAACUUUCAAGUAAAAUAUAAUUUGUCCAUCUA